UUAAAAAAUGUGGCUAGGCUUUGUUUGUCCACUUUAUAGUAGUGUAGUUAUUAACUCCCAUUUGUCCAUUACAAAAAAGCACAUUUUAGUUAUCUCUCAAUCAUUUCCCCCAUUUUGUCAUGGCUGAGCAACCAAGCACUGCGGCAGCUCCGCCGUCUGAUUUGAAAACCCGGCCGGCGGGAAGCACCGAACACAGCUGGUGCAAGGCGGUUCCCGGCGGCACAGGAAUAACAGUAUUUGCUCUCCUUUUAUCAAAACCUCCAAACAUUUCACUUCUCCAAAAUACCCUCCAUAAACUCCAAAAUUCCAAUCCUAUCCUCAAAUCCAAACUUAGCUACUCACCAACUACCAAUUCUUUCUCUUACACCAUUCCCGCCACUUCUCAUCUUCAAAUCCAGCCGUUCGAUCUCUCAUCAACGGCUGACAUUCUCCGUAACCUCAAAACCUCCGAUCACAACUCCGUCUCCGAUUUUCAUCUCAUCUUCGAAAACGAACUCAACAACAACUCAUCAUGGGUAAACACAUCAGAUUCCAACACCGAUGUUCUUUUCGUGAGCAUUUAUCAACUAAACGACGAGAAAUCAGUCCUUACGUUGAGGAUUCACACGUCGGUGUGUGACCGGGCGACGGGGAUAGCGUUGAUGAGCAAGUUGGUGGAGUUGAUGAGGGAGGAAAAUGGAGAAGGGACAAAAUCGGAAUUAUUGAAAAAGAUGGAGGUUGGUUUGGGAAUUGAGGAGUGCAUACCAGCUGGUAAAGCGAAUAAGCCAUUUUGGGCGCGUGGGAUGGAUAUGGUUGGGUAUGGUUUGAAUUCAUUGAGAUAUUCAAAUCUGAAGUUUAUGGAUAGUGAAUCAACAAGAGAAUCACAAGUUGUGAAAUUGGGGUUGAAUAAACAAGAUACUCUUCGCAUUCUUGAUGGCUGCAAGACAAGAGGUAUAAAACUGUGUGGGCUAUUGGCUGCUGCUGGAUUAAUUGCAGCUCAUUCCUCAAAAGGCUUAAAUGAGAAUCAGUGGGAGAAGUAUUCAGUUGUGACCCUUGUUAACUGCCGUUCAAUUCUUGAUCCAGUGCUUAUCCCUGAUUUUCCAGGAUAUUAUCAUUCUGCUAUCCUCAACACACACGACGUUAAGGGAGGAGAUGAUUUAUGGGAGCUAGCAAAGAAAAGUUACACGUCUUUUAUCAACGCCAAGAACAACAACAAGCAUUUCUCAGACAUGGGAGACCUGAAUUUCCUCAUGGGCAGGACCAUUGAUAAUCCCAGCCUAACGCCAUCCUCUUCACUAAGGACUUCUUUUAUCUCUGUGUUUGAAAACUCCGCAAUCCAUACCACCAGCACAGUACAUCAGGAAAUCGGAUUAGAAGACUUCAUCGGGUGUACAUCCAUGCACGGGGUAGGUCCUUCUAUUGCCAUAUUCGACACGAUUAGAGACGGGCAGUUGGAUUGUGCAUGUGUUUAUCCCUUCCCCUUGCAUACUAGGGAACAAAUGCAAGAGCUCAUUGGUGAAAUGAAAAGAAUCCUUGUUGAUUGGUAGCAAAUUACAGGGGAAUUGUUGAUGACUUGAUCAAACAUUAUGUUUUCCCCACUGAUCAUGUUCGAUGAAAAUGCAAUAUCCUGAUAAACAGUUUGCUUUUGA